AUGGCGGCGCUGGGCGAGGAGCGACGCUUUGGGCUCAACUGCGGGGCGUCCGCCGCCGGUCACCGGCUCUCCCGGUACCACGUCAAGCUGACGGAGACGGCGCUCAGAGCGCUCGAGGCCUAUCAGAAGCUGACGAAUUCUUUACCAAACCAACCUGUCAUCUGCUUCCAGGAAGGCCGAGGAUACAUCAAAAUUCCUGCUCCUACACCAGACUGUCGCAAUGGUGUGCGACGUUUUUCAUUUUACUUGUCGACUGACAGCAAAGACCAGCCUCAGGCAAGCUUUGACUGCAUCCAUCAGUAUACUUCUAGAGGUCAGAACCAACUUGACUGUCUAGGGAGCAUUCCAGAAAAAAUUACAGUUUGUGCCACUGAUGAUUCCUACCAAAUGACUAGAGAACGAAUGUCACAGGUUGAGAAAGAAUCUUGGAGUCGGACAACUAUAGAAAUUAAACCAGGAGCAUCACAGCAAGGCCUUCGCAAACUUGUCCACAGUCGAAAGCAACCCUCCAGCCCAGCCAUUGAUGGCAUUCCAUUUAGAAAACAUUCCCCUCCUACAAAUCUGUGCUUUGGACUGAAGAAAAGCAAUGCCAGUCUUGUUGUCCAUAAGCCUCUUAGGGAUCGUAUCAUUCACCUUUUAGCUUUAAAGCCAUAUAAAAAGCCUGAACUAAUUCUUUGGCUAGAAAGAGAGAAAAACGAUCCAAAAGAUAAGGCUGACCUACCAUUUGUAUUGGACCAGGUAGCAAAGUUGAACCAAAAGGACAACAGCUAUACCAUAAAAGAUGAACUCUACAAGGAAGUCCAACAAGACUGGAUUGGUUAUAGUGAAGAAGAAAAACAAUUAAUAAGACGGCUCCUAAUAAGGCAUUUUGAGAGUUCCACAUAUGCAUGCCACCUACGUGUAGAAAUUGUGCCUUGGAUGGAAAGUUCACACGAGUACUUUGGGAGUACUGCAGACCUGCCUGGCUCAGGAACUAGACUACCGAGAUCACACAGAAAAAUUGAAGCCAUCAAAUUCUAUUCAGACCAAGAGUUGUCAACUUGGUUCUCUAUUCCAGAAAUCCUCAGGGGAAGGUUCACCACAAUUGAGCCCUCGCAAAGAUCCUUUGUUGAAACGGCCGAUGGAUUCAGAAUCUACAGAUUUGCACACAAACAAGAAAAGCAAAGUACCGCAGUCAAAAAGUCAUCUUCAACCUGUUUUGAACGGACGUCACCCUUAUUCAAAGAUGUAACGUUAAGCUUUACUGCCACAACGGAUUCCAGUGCAACUGUUAAAACGGAGUUCCAAAAACACACCAUUUUACCUGAGAAUCAAAACGGGUUUAGUGAACGGUACAGAAAGUACAGCUGCUCAACAGAAACUCACGUGAGCAGGAAUAAGCACUUCAAAGACAACAGAGAUGUUACCAGAGAUCCGAGACGUCAUGUGCCAGCUGUAAGAACAAUCUUUCAAAGCAACUUAAAAAGAACAGAUUAUUCCUUUUCACCAGAGACGAAAUUCUCUAGUCACAGUAAAAAAUCCAAAAAACACAAAGAAAAGGAGAGGGAGCAUACAAAACCUGAAGGAAAAGUGUGGCUUGAAGAGAGUACGGUAUGCAGGGUUGGGAAGGAACAUGGAGAGGAUAUUAAAGAGCAUGAAACCACAAAUGCAUCUGCCACCGCUACUUCGACAACUGAAAUGCCUGACUAUUUAUUAAAGUACACUACCAUUAAAUCUUUAGAACGGUGUCGAAGCUAUCGGAAUGAUUUCAAUGCAGAAUAUGAUGAAUACAGGGACCUUCACGCAAGAAUUGGAGGUAUAACAGAACAAUUUGUACAACUUGGAUCAAAAAUCAAAACACUUAGCCCAGGAACAAAGGCAUACAAGAGGGUGGAGGACCAAAUAUUUCAGGAAUAUAAGAAGUUAAAAAAGACUUAUCCUACUUAUCGAGAAGAAAAGGUUCGAUGCGAGCAUCUGCAUCGGAAGUUGGCUCACAUUAAACAGUUGAUAUUGAAGUAUGAUCGGAACAACAUGCCAUGAUGGGAUACACCAUCAAGCGCAUCUGUUUGUGUGAAGACUGAUUUUUAGAAGAACCAUUUUUACCUUUUUUUAAAAAGAAAGAUUGCUCACUGCAGUUUGAAGAAGUUUGAAGAGAAACACAAUAACUUUGUCAAUGAAGGACUGAGCAUAUCAGCAAUGUUAACAAGUUUGCAUACCAGCAAUUUCUCCAAUCUGAACUGAGCCACACAGAAAGCUGUUUAUACAUUAAUACAGUACAAUGUAUAUAUUGCAUCAUAAAACAAGAAGAAAAUAGUACUGUUGUAUAAUAUUAGAAAAUAAAUGUUUUUCAUCCAAGAUGCCUUAAUAUGAAUUUUAAACCGUCUGCCAUGCAUCUCCAAGGGGCCAACCUUUAUAUGCAGUAGGAUUUUCUAUUAAUGCUCGCAUCCCAUAUAUUAAAAAAUCAGGUUUAGGCAAUAUAAUGCUGACAUUUAAUCAAACUGCCCACAUUUCAUCAGCAAUAUUGCCUUAAGGUGCUUUUCCGUCCCUUAAUGAAACUGACUAUGAGUUGCGUGUGUGUAGUGUAUGUGUUUUCUCUAGUGACCUUUCUGUUUUUCCCUCUUUGUGAUUUUUAAACCAGCCUGAAGAAUUCAAUGAUGCAUCACUGAAUUCCAGUGGGUAUAACAUAGUAUCAACUCAGUGACCAACUUCAAAACAAAUACUGUACAUUUAUGCAAGUUAACUUAAAAAAAAAUCCUCCACAAAUUACCAAAUGUGCAAACAAUGUUCACACUUUUGCAUUGGAAGUGAUUUCUUCCUUGCCCUCAAAGCUCUAAUUUUCACCAUCUUGAGCAAGAAAUUUAUUGUAUUUGAAUCAAAAUUUAAAUAAUUUUAGAAGCAUUGACUCUUGAAAGAAGAUUUUA